CACAGAACGCAAACAAAGGCAAAGAAGAUUUCCCAUGUAUGUCGGCCUUUAGCUUAAAGAUGUCAUCAUCCUCUUCGACCAACUUAACAGUAGUAGCAUCUCUUCUCAUCCUCUGUGUGUCUGUGCUGAUCAGAGGAUCUGCAGGUCAGUUGGAUCCUUAUUUUUACGACGAUACGUGCCCCUACGUGGUCGACAUCGUCGAAGAUAUCAUCGAACAAGCGUCAAAGACAGACCCUAGAAUCGGUGCCAGCCUCAUUCGGCUUCAUUUCCAUGAUUGCUUUAUCAAUGGUUGUGAUGGAUCACUUCUGUUAGACAACAGUGCCACCAUCAAAAGUGAGAAAGAUGCCCUACCCAACAAGAACUCAGCUAGAGGAUUUGACGUAGUAGAUAACAUCAAGGCUGCUUUAGAGGAUGCAUGCCCUGGUGUAGUCUCUUGUGCAGACAUUCUCGCUAUUGCAUCCCAAGUAUCGGUUUUCUUGGCAGGAGGUCCUUCAUGGUCGAUUCUACUAGGAAGAAGGGAUGGGACAACCGCAAACCAGAGUGCAGCCAAUACUACUAUGCCUGCUCCCAAUGACAUCCUCACUGUUCUCAAGUCUAAGUUCGCAGACCGUGGCCUUGACACCACUGAUCUUGUUGCAUUGUCCGGUGCCCACACAUUUGGACGUGCCCAGUGUAGAGUUUUCAGUUUUCGACUCUACAAUUUCAAUGGCACAGGCAAGCCCGACCCGACUAUCAACUCAGUUUACCUGAAGAGACUCCAAAAGAUCUGCCCCGACGGUGGAAACGGGUCUAUCCUAACCAACCUAGACCCUACCACACCCGAUGGAUUCGAUAAUAACUAUUUCUCCAACCUUAAAAAUGAGAAAGGUCUCCUCCAAAGUGAUCAAGAGUUGUUUUCAACUUCGGGUGCGGAUACUGUCUCUAUUGUUAAGAGCUACAGCAGCAAUCAACACAAAUUCUUUAAGAGCUUUGUUCAAUCUAUGAUAAGAAUGGGAAAUAUCAGCCCAUUAACCGGGUGCGACGGAGAGAUCCGAUUGAACUGCAGAAGGGUCAAUGGAGAUAAUUCAAUGUUUGAGUCAAAUGAUGUUUUAAUUAGCUCUAGCUAAUGGAUAUAGCUAAUGAAACCCUUAAGUGUGAAUGAGUUUGUCUGUUUGAUUGAUAUUAUUUUAGUUUUCUUGCUUGGCUUUGCCUGAGGUUUUUGCUGAUGGUUAUAUCGAAGGUGGAUCCUUAGUGCAAAGUAAUAUUAUCUUUUGUUUUUCUGAUAGUUAUGGUUAAAGAUCAGUGUACUGAUCUUGUAUGCUUUGUAUUUUCAUCCAGA